AUGACCAGAGUAAGAAUUGCUCAAAUCCGAUCUCCACGACAGCGGAUUCUGACUCGGCGCGCAGCAUCACACGACGGGCGGGCGGCACAGGCGGAAAAAUCCAAGAAGCAGCGGCUUGAGCACGCGGAUGGCGGCGUUUGUCUUUUAGUGUCGCUGUGCGCGUGUGUCCACGACUACUGCCAGCAGCACGGCGUUGACUUGCCACAACACGCCGCCUUCACUCUCUCCUACUCCACCAACAUUCCUCGCCAGGUGGGCCUGUCAGGAUCCAGUGCAAUCAUUGCAGCCGCCCUCAGCUGCCUACUCCAUCAUUACCACCUCCACCGCGCCGUUCCCGUACCUGUGCGCCCGAACCUCAUUCUCGAGGCUGAGAGCAGGCUCGGCAUUGCCGCGGGUCUGCAGGAUCGGGUCAUCCAAACCUAUGGUGGACUGGUCUUCAUGGAUUUUGAAAGUGAACACCUUGACAAGCACGGGUACGGCAUCUACCAGCCCAUGGAUCCGGCGCUCUUACCUCCUCUGCAGAUCAUCUACGCAGCCAAUCCCAGCGACUCAGGCAACGUGCACAGCUCCGUGCGCGCCAGGUGGCAGGCGGGUGACGUGGCGGUGCGCCAGGCCAUGGCUGACGUGGCAGCGCUGGCAGAGGAGGGGCGAGAUGCGCUGGUGGCACGGGAUUGGGGGAAGUUUGCUCGGCUGAUGGACAGGAACUUCGACCUGCGCAGGCAGAUGUUUGGAGACGAGGUGCUGGGAGAAGUGAACCUGAGCAUGGUGCAGGCAGCACGAGCGGUGGGGGCAGCAGCCAAGUUCACAGGCAGCGGUGGUGCCGUGGUGGCGUUUUGCCCAGAGGGGGAGCAGCAGAGAGCGAGGCUGGUGGAGACGUGCAGAGAGAAAGGGUUCUGUGUGGUGGAUGCUCAGGUAGUGGCUGGUGUGGAUUUUGAGGUGGAUGCUGCUGUGCAGUUGGAUUAG